AUGUCUCCCGCUCUAGUGGGUGAAAAGUGGUGGAAGAAUUCCAUCAUCUACCAGAUCUACCCUGCCAGUUUCAAAGACUCCAAUGGCGAUGGCAUUGGUGAUAUUCCAGGGAUCAUUUCCUCCCUCGACUACAUCACAAGCCUCGGUGUAGAUGUGAUCUGGCUUUGCCCCAUGUAUGAAAGCCCACAGAUUGACAUGGGCUACGAUAUCUCCGAUUACCAGAGCGUGUAUGGCCCGUAUGGUACUGUCCAGGACAUGGACAACCUCAUUGCCGAAUGCCACAAGCGCGGACUCCGCAUCAUUCUGGAUCUGGUGGUAAACCACACCUCAGACCAGCACAAGUGGUUCCAGGAGUCUCGCUCCUCUAAGACAAACCCCAAGCGUGACUGGUAUAUCUGGAAGCCAGCCAAAUACGAUGCCAACGGGAAGCGUCAGCCACCAAAUAACUGGCGCAGUAUUUUCGGAGGUAGUGCUUGGGAGUGGGAUGAGACAACUGAGGAAUAUUACCUUCACUUGUUCUGUAUCGAACAGCCCGAUGUCAAUUGGGAGAAUGCCGAGACUCGCCAGGCUAUCUAUGAGUCUGCCAUGGAGUUCUGGCUGCAGAAGGGCGUGGAUGGCUUCCGGGUUGAUACAGUCAACAUGUAUAGCAAGCAACCCGGGUAUGCCGAUGCCCCAAUCCUUGAUCCCAAGUCCGAGACACAGCCUGCAUUCUCACUAUUCUGCAACGGUCCUCGCAUUCACGAGUACCUGAGCGAGAUGAACGAGGUGCUGUCCAAGUAUGAUGCAAUGACCGUUGGAGAAUGCCCAAAUACCCACACUGUGGAAGGUGUUCUGCGCUAUGUCUCAGCAGCGGAGAAGCAGCUGAGCAUGGUCUUCCAAUUCGACCUUGUUGACCUUGGCCAAGGCAAAGACUACAAGUUCCUGACCACAUUCCCUGGCUGGAAUCUUCGGGAACUCAAGUCUGCCGUGAAGAGCACUCAAGACAUUAUCAGAGGCACAGAUGCAUGGACCACAGUGUUCAUGGAGAACCACGACCAAGGUCGCUCCGUGAGCCGAUUCGGCUCUGACAAGACCCCCGAAUUGAGAGAUCGGUCCGCAAAGAUGCUUGCCAUGAUGCAAAGCACACUUUCCGGCACACAGUUUAUCUACCAGGGCCAAGAGAUUGGCAUGGUAAAUCUGCCCCGGGAGUGGCCCAUUGACGAAUACAAAGAUAUCGAUAGCACCAACUAUUAUCGAAUGACGAGCAAAGUGACGAACAACGAUCCAGCUGAGCUGGAAAGGGCCAUGGAUUCUCUGCAACACCUGGCCAGAGAUAACGCCAGACUUCCCAUGCAAUGGAAUGCCGAGGCCUACGCCGGCUUCUCACCGGCUACAUCGGAAAAGCCCUGGAUGCGCCCACACGACAACUACCCCGAGAUCAAUGUGAAGCUACAGGAGAAAGACUCGUCUUCUGUUCUUUCAUUCUGGAAAAAGAUGAACUUGCUGCGCAAGGAAUAUGCGAAUUCCUUGGUCUUUGGAGAGUUUGAUAUUCUCGACGAGCCCAACCAGAGUGUCUUCACCUUCACCAAGACCAGUCGCGACCAGACUAUCUUGGUGGUUCUCAACUUCUCCGACACACCACAGAAGUUUGAGAAGCCAGAGAGCGUGAAGAGCGAAGAUUGGAAGUUGCUGGCUAGCAAUGUAAACGAAGUUACGGAAGAGUUACAGGCGUUUGAGGGCAGAGUGCUUUUGGUUUAG